AAUGUAUUGCUUGGCAACACUUGGAUGUAAACGUCUGCUUGCAAUGUUCUGUAUUAUUCUGGCAACACCCGACUCAGCGGUCAGCCUGGAAUAUGGCCGCUUCAGGCAAAUCAAAGAAAAAAUCGAAAUGGAUACCCGCCAGUAUCACAGAUAUUAUUGCGGAACCUACGACGAUUCCGACAACCCACAACUGGGCAGACUCGGUCGAUGAGGAACCGGAAAAUGCUUAUGGCGGAGGGUACCACCAGUCCCGGCAAAGAGCGCCGGUGGUGCUGCCGUCAGCGUCGCGGGCGGCGCGCGGCGGCCUGGCCGUGGACGACGAGUCCAUCCCCCGGCGCCCACCAUUCACUGCACACAUCUCCAACCUACCUUACGAUGUCGACGAAACAGCCAUAAUGGAACUAUUUACCGGACUUAAGAUUACUAACUUACGACUGCCGCGCGAGGGCGACCGUCUCAAAGGAUAUGGUUGCGUGGAUUUUGAGGACCGAGAAGGUCUGAUAAAUGCCAUGAACAUUCCUGACUUGACUAUUGGGGGCAGGAGAAUACGGAUCGAAGUUUCGACACAGGAUAAUGACCGUCGGAUGGGAAGGGGCGGUCGCAACGACCGUGACAGGGAAUAUGAUCCGGAGAGAACUAUGGGUGACUGGCGGUCUGGGCCACGAGCUAUGCCCGAGCCAUCAGGCCGGCCGCGCAAUGAGGAACGACGCAUGGAUCGUAGCAACAUGGACCGCGAUCGCGAUCGUGAACGCGAUUCGAGUGCCGACAAUCGUCCCGGCGGAUGGCGUGAUGGUGACCGCCCAGCUCCGCCUGAACCAGCAAGAACACCCUAUGGUGGACGCGACUCGUUCGGACGCGACCGCUAUGGAGAGGGUAGGGAGCGCGGUGGUGGCUUCGGAGGUCGUGAAGACCGUCCAGAACGCAGCGGGUAUGGCGGCCGCGACGGGUUCCGUACUGCAGAACGUGACGGAGGAUUUGGAAGUAGAGAAGGCAGAGGUUUUGGCGGAAGAAACUUCGGUGAUCGCGACCGUGACCGUGAUCCACCACCAAGAGAAGACACAAAGCCGCGAGAGCGUCCGAAGCUCAAUUUGCUGCCUCGUACGGUCCCUCGGGACCCCGAAGUACCCACAAAGCCGGCAGAUGGCGCUGCAGUGGACGAUAAAGCGCCGGAGAAGGCAGCACCAAAGCCCGUGCCUGCUGAAAAAGUAUUUGGUGCUGCCAAACCUGUUGACACUGCAGCUAAAGAGCGUGAGAUAGAGGAACGUUUGCGCAAACAGCAAGAGGAAGAAGCCCGGCGCGGCGGGGAAGAGAAGGAGCGCUGGGGACGAAGGAACGAUCAUUCAGGCGAUCGUCGGCCUGCACCAAAGCGAGAUGAUCGUCCCAGGGAUUCCCGCAAUUACAACAGAGAGAAACGUGAUUACUCUAAGGACGACAAGGACCGUCGCGAUUAUAAUGACCGGGACAGACGAGACUAUAGGGACGACAGAGAUCGGCACGGCGAGCGUGACGAUAGAGACAGACGAGAACCAGAGCGAGACAGGCGCGACUACCGUGACGAACGCGACCGUCGCGACAAAGAUGAACGCCGAGACUCUUCUGGCGAUCGACGUGACCGCCGCGACUAUUCGCCAGAUCGACGUCCCCGUCGCAACUCUGGCGAAAGACGCAGGGAAGCGUCUCCAGAAAGACGUCGCGAUCCUUCCGGCGAUAGACGCCGCGACUACUCCGGCACUCGGGACGACGAUCGCCGUCCGCCAUCGCACGAGCGCAACGGACGUUCGCGUCCUAGCCGCUCGCGCGACCGGCAUGACGAAGCCGAUGACAAACCCAUGCCCAAGCUAAAAGAUCACGAAAAGCCCAACUUUGUAGCGUCGAACAAGUUUAGUUUCUUAGAAGACGCCGAUGACGGCGGAUCUGAUUAGCACGAGCAUUGAGUUUGUGUGCGCGCUUCAAAUUGUGUCCAUUUUACAGUUGACUCGAGUGUAAAGUGUAUAAAUUAACGAGUAACAAAGUGUCUAACGUGUAGAACAGACUCGAUAGAGCACGGAGACAAUCUAAAAUUGUGCUGAUGAAAUAGAACUUGAUUUGAUAGUCACUAGUGCGGUGUGGAUAUACGUGUAUAUUAAAUAGGAUUGCUAAUGCUCACACUGCUUCGAUGCAGGCCCCAGUCUUUGUUGGAGUCUCUUAAAAUUAUACUUUUACUACAAUUGUCUGGGGAAGAUAUUCAGCACAGAAUACAUUCAGUAAGAUACUGCAGCAAAGACUGGGGCUCGUAUGUGACCAUGUUGUACUGAUUUGUGUAAAAUUUUCUAUGGGUUUGUUAUUUACAAUAUUAUAAUGUUAAUAUGAAUGGUUGCAAACAUAGUAAAGAUUUAAGAACUGCAAAUAUUCCAUUAAAUUUUGAUGUGAAACAGGUUUUAGGUCAGGUGCUGCUCUUUCAUGCCUCUAUUUUUGUGAAUAAUUAAUAUUUCAUUAUUUUAUAUUAUUCCUUUUCGAAGGGAUUUUUCUGCAGUUGAUUGCAUUACAACCAUAGGGAAUCUAAUUUUUCUAUAUUUUAGAAUUUAUGUCUUAUGUUAAAAUAUUUAGGUUUAUUAGAAUAUUAAUUGUAUUAUUUAUCUUUACACUCAAAAUUGUCUAAAAUAAUCAAGUGGUAAGAUUUAAGCCUCAAUAUUCCUAUUGUGCAAGUAUGCAUACAGAUGUGCCUGCCUUGAUCGUGAUGAAGUUGUUGAUAGCUAAAAAUACCAUUAUAUCUGAUUAGGGCUUGGUCACAAUAUAAUUAAAUGGUCAAACGUUACGACGUUUUAUUUCUAUGGUGAAAUUUCAUUUGAAAAUAAUUGUACCUAAUUAUCAAUUAAUAAAAUGAUUACCCUUUUUACAGUAAAAA